AUGGCUUCUAUCAACGAUUUAGCUGCGGCAGCCAUUGCUUCUUCAGGGACAGCAUCAACCGAUGAUGCACCACCCACAGCAGCCCCAGAACCAGCAGCCGAGCGAGGGGCCCUGAUCGUCCUGGAAGGGUUGGACCGUAGUGGGAAGACGACGCAGGUGAAGCUGUUGGAGCAACGGUUUGUGGAAGAGGGACGGAAAGUUAAAGUCUGGAGGUUCCCUGACCGGACCACGCACAUCGGACAAAUGAUAGACGCCUAUCUUAAGAGCUCGGUCGAGAUGGAUGACCAUGCUAUUCAUCUCCUCUUCAGCGCUAACCGGUGGGAAGCAGCAAAAACAAUCGGUACCCUCCUAGCCUCGGGAACCACCAUCCUCUGCGACCGGUACUACCACUCCGGCAUCGUCUACUCAGCAGCCAAGCAGAACCCCUCCCUGUCGCUCUCCUGGGCCCGCGCCCCGGAGCUGGGCCUGCCCCGGCCGGACAUGGUCCUCUUCCUGGACCUCGACGAGGCGACGGCGCGCGCGAGGGGCGGCUGGGGCGGCGAGCUGUACGAGCGCGGGGAGAUGCAGGGGCGCGUGCGCGACUUGUUCCGGGGGCUCGCGCGGGGUCGCAUCGGCGCGGACGGGACGCUGGGCGAGGAGGACCGGCGGGCGGACCGGGCGUUUCGGCAGGAGGGAGAGGACCUGGUGGUCGUGGAUGCGGGGGCCAGUGUCGAGGAGGUGGCGGAGAGGGUUUGGGAUAAAGUGAGGCCGCGGGUCGAGGCUGUGGAGAAGGGGGAGCUGGGGAGUGUGGUGCGGACUGUGACGUGACAUGACAUGACUUGUAACCGGCCUGGGCAUCUAGAAUGUUUUCUGAUUUGACUGGCUCACUGACUGGAAAGUUUUCAACUGCUCUCUGUUUAGCGAAAGAAGCCAAAUAAAAAAAAGAGAAAAGCCCAUUAAAGAAUCCUUUUUGUCAUAUUCCUUAAUGUACAUACAAUGUCCUCUAGGAAGAGCU